UUGGGCUGGUUUUGAGUUGCUGUUUGGCUACCUUUGUCUCACAGACCUGGCAACCCUUGCUACAAACAACUCGGUAAACACCAAAGUCAGCGAUAAACACAGAAAGAGAGAAAACCAACAACAUGUCGGGUCCAUUGUUCUGGACAACGAGCCUCUGUCGGUGGUUUAAAAUGUGGGAUUUCUGUGGAACACAUAGAGCCACGGCAGUUUGUGUUCGAGGCCAGUGAUCUGUUCAUGGCACGUUUUCUUUCCCUGUUGCGGCCUCAGCCUUUGCUGGCCCUCGUGGGUAGGAGGAAACCUACGCUGUGCAAAAUGUCGAUGGACUCAAGGGCACGGCAAGUGUUUGCAGCUGCAGUGGAGGCGGUGCAGCCAGACGCUGUGGUCCGGCAGAGCAUAGAGUGCAAAGAGGACUCCGUCAUUAUCAGUGGUCAAAAAUUCACACUCAAGCACAACCUGCACUUGGUGGGCUUCGGAAAAGCCGUGCUGGGUAUGGCUGCGGAGGCAGAGAGGAUUGUGGGGGAUCAUUUGGUGAAAGGAAUCAUAAGCGUCCCGCAUGGGAUUCAGCACACGUUACAGCAGAAUGGGAAAGACCAUCUGCUGUUAAAAGAAAACAGUUGCAUCAAAGUAAUGGAGGGAGCCAAGCACAACCUGCCGGACACUGACGCCCAGAGAGCAGCAGAAGGAAUCAAGCAACUAGCCAGUGAACUGACAGAGGAAGACCUGCUACUGGUUCUGAUUUCAGGCGGAGGCUCUGCGCUAUUACCUGCCCCCAUCCCACCAAUCGUGUUGCAAGAGAAACUGGAUGUCACCCGCAAACUUGCAGCUGCUGGUGCAACAAUUCAAGAGCUGAACACUGUGCGUCGUGCACUCUCUUUCCUAAAGGGUGGAGGACUUGCACAUUAUGCUCAUCCUGCACAGGUGGUCGCGCUGAUACUGUCAGAUGUGAUAGGAGAUCCUCUGGACUUGAUAGCCAGCGGCCCCACAGUCUCCAGUGAGGUGUGGCCUGAGGAGGUUUUGUCAAUCCUUGAACGGUACAAGCUGUUGAACUCUGUACCAGCAUCAGUAAAAGAUGUCCUUGGGAGACCAAAUCCCAGGCUGAAGGAUGAUAAGGAUAAAACGGACAAGGCAGAAAAUGUUCUCAACGUUGUGAUUGGCUCCAAUGGCAUUGCACUCAAGAAAGCAGGACUCCGUGCCCGAGAGCUGGGUUUCCGCCCUGUUGUUCUGUCGCUGGGAGUGUGCGGUGAUGUGAAGUUAGUCUCCAGACUUUACGGCCUCCUGGCACGCUUCGCGUGUUCUCCAGAGGAACCACCUCCCGAAAUUGCCGCUGAGGUGCUGAAGUUGGGGCCCGAAGUAGGUGUGGAGAGCUGGGACCUGUGCCGUACGAUGCAGGUCUUCGAUGAAGGGCGCACAGAAGGAUGGGGUGCCACGUGUCUCCUAGCUGGAGGUGAGCCCACUGUAGAGUUGACAGGAAAGGGUCGAGGUGGACGAAACCAGGAGCUGGCUCUGCGAGUUGGCCUGGAGAUGAGAGGCCUGCAUCUGCCGCCUAACGGUCCCGUCUUCCUGAGCGGUGGAACCGAUGGCCAAGAUGGACCCACUGAGGCCGCAGGGGCCGUUACUGAUGGGGGGUUGUAUGAAGAAGCACAAGCACAGGGGCUGGACAUCCACAACUUCCUUACCAACAAUGAUUCUUACACGUUUUUUUCAAGUCUUUCUGUCGGGCAACGUCUUCUUGUACCUGGUCUGACUUGCACCAAUGUGAUGGAUGUCCACAUGCUGUUUAUUCCACCAAUUCCCGUUAACGCAGACUAACUCAGAGAAAGGAUCUGAAUUAAAAAAAAACAAACUAUGUCCCUGUUCAUUAUGUUUUAGUUUCAUUACCUCCACCAAGGAGGUUAUGUUUUUCUAACCCGUCUGUCUGUUUAUUUGUUGGUUGUUUGUUUGUCAGCAGAAUUACACAAAAACUACUAUCGAUGAUGAGCAUGACUGGACUGAGUUGUGGACAUGGACUUGGCCAUUCAAGAAGAUUGUUCCGCUAAGACAGUCGUUGUGGUUUAAGCUCUGGCUUUAAGUCUGACCUAAAAAUCCAUCCGUCCAUCCAUUAUCUGUAUCUAUAUUUCACCUGUUCUGACUGAAAUAAAUCUCCAAAGUCAGUUUUCUUGUAGACUUUGGCAUUUUUUCCCAGUUUA